AAAAACCAUUGAAUACAGGCAGCGAAUUUUUCAAUUAUAAGAAGUUUUUUUCCGUUGUUCUUAUGGCAGUUGCGGACUCAGAAUUAUGCUUUACGCAUAUUGAUGUGGGAGCUUACGGCAGUGAGUGUGACUCGAACGUUUUCAAAAAAACUGAAUUAGGUAAAGCUCUAUAUUCAGGAACCUUGAAUUUACCAUGCCCCCAGGCAUUAAUUACAAAUGCCCCUCAGAUUGACUAUCCUUACGUAUUUGUUGCUGAUGAGGCGUUUGCCUGCAGUACCAAUGUACUGAGACCAUACCCUGCCAAAAACACAACCGUUGAAAAAAAAAUUUUCAACUAUAGGCUCAGUAGAGCAAGAAGAUAUGUGGAAUGUGCUUUUGGCCUACUUGCUAACAAAUGGAGGAUUUUGCAUCGCCCCAUAGACGUGACUUUUCCCGAUGUUAUAAUUCAAGCUUGUUGUGUUCUUCACAAUUUUGUGCGAAAAAGAGAUGGGUACAAUUUCAGGGAUACUCUAACAUGUCCCUUAGAAAGUGUUUCUACAACCGGUACAAGAGGAACGGUGGACGGUUUAACAACAAGAGACGCAUACGCAAUUUAUUUUAGUACAGAAGGAGCUGUUCCCUGGCAAAAUAAGAUGAUAUGA